AUGGGGAGGGGACGGGCGCCCGAAGCAGCUGCGCGCCCCGCCCCGCGGGCUCCUCCCCGCCGCCGCGGCCCCUUGACUGCUGCCCCGAUGCGCUGCACCCGAAGCCGGGACCUAGUAGUCGCCAGAGCAGUUGGGGAACCCGGGCGGCUGCCGCCGCCGCUGCCUACACCCCUCGCGGACCCCAUUGGCUGCAUGGAGUCUCCGGAGGGCACUGGUCGGGGAGAGAUUAAGGAAGUCAAGGUACCACAGGCUGCCCUGAGUGUUCCAGCACACGAGACAGGGGACACUUGCCAUACACCUGUGGCAGAAGAUGAGGUUGGCAUCCCCAUUCCAGCACCAGGGUUCCUGCAGGUCACGGAGAGGAGGCAGCCUCUGAGCAGCGUCUCCUCCUUGGAAGUCCACUUUGAUCUCCUGGACCUCACUGAGCUGACCGACAUGUCUGACCAGGAGCUGGCUGAGGUCUUUGCGGACUCUGACGACGAGAACCUGGCCACCGAGUCCCCAGCAGGUCUGCACCCACUAUCCAGGGCUGGCUGCCUACGCUCCCCCUCCUGGACAAAAACAAGGGCGGAGCAGAACCGUGAGAAACAGCCCCCCAGUGACCCAGAGCGGCAAGGGACAGUUGUGGACACGUUCCUUACUGUGGAGGGGCCCAAGGAAGAUUAGCCCAUCUCCCAUCUGUUCCAGAGUUGCCGAAGGGCUGGGCCACACCACCGUGAUGGCAAAUCAGGACUGUACUGGCACAAGAGAUGGCUUCUGCCAAGUCCCAAGACUCCAGCCAUCACCCCUGACAACAUGUCAAAGUCCGGAUGCCAGGAACAGGCCUCUGGUGCCCCAACACAAGCACGGCCCAGUGGCCUUAGGUCCAGCUGGUUCCUGGACCCUGCAUCAGGGAUGGCACUGGAUGGAGUCUGCCUUGGGAUGGGU